AUGGUUAAUGGGAAGAAGUUGGCCGAGGAGACGGUGAUGCCUUCUGUGCUGGAAGCCGAUGACGCAGGAGCAGAAAGUGAGAAGCUGCAGCUGGGGGAGGAGGAACUGGGAGGAGAAGAGUCUGUGAUCUCGGAUGAGGACGACGACACAGAUUUGGAGCUCGGAGGUAUAGAGGAAGCGUACGACCCCUCGGGGCAGACGCGCUACAUGGAGGCAUGUGAAAAGUUGCAGGUGGUGCCCGCCUCUUACUUCCUGCGACACGUGAAAGACAGUGAGCUGAACAUGAUGCAUCGUGGCCUCGGGCCUCAGGGCGCCAAAGCACUGGCGGUUCCCCUGGUAACCAACACUUCAAUACUGAGACUGAACCUGCGAGAUAAUUGGAUGGAAGGACUGGGCGGAGCUGCCAUCGCCGAGAUGUUAAAGGAAAAUUGUUACAUUACAGACGCGGACCUAUCCAACAACAAUCUGGGGGAUUACGGGGCCAGAGCCAUAGCCGGCAUGCUGAAGGAGAACAGCACCCUGGUGCGGCUCAACCUGUCAGGAAACCACUUCACAGACCGCGCCGCUGAGUUCCUCGGCCCGGCUCUCGUCACCAACGCCAAGCUGCAGAACCUCGACAUGAGCCGCAACGCUCUGAGGGAGCAGGCAGGAGAGAUCCUUGGAGAAGCUCUGUCAGAGAACACGGGGUUGAGAUCGAUCAGUCUGGCCUGGAACAGCAUCCGAGGCAGAGGAGCUGUGAUGUUGGCCGACGGCCUCGGGGGGAACAUUUCACUCAGAGCAGUGGAUCUGUCGUUUAAUGGCUUCGGUAAAGAAGGAGCUGUUGCUCUGGGGCAGGCUCUGAAGGAGAACAACGUGUUGGAGGAGUUGAAUGUGAGUAACAACAGAAUCCCCCCUGAAGGAGCCGUCCGCCUCGCCGCCGGCCUCAAAGUAAACAAGACAAUCAAGUCCCUGAAUAUGAGCAGGAACCCCAUCCAGAACGCUGGUUGUUAUGGGAUCCUCAAGUCUCUGCUGGAAAACAAAGAUUCAGCCAUGGAGGCUUUAGACUUUGCAAGCAUCAUCGUGAACAAGGAUUUUGAAGAAUUGCAUGCGAAAGCGAAAGACAUUCUUCCUGCGCUUACAAUAAACCACGGUGGCAGAAUUGGCACGUUCGGUACAGCAAAAGCUUGA